AUGCAACUUCUCUCAGCCUUUAUCACUGCUCUCGCCCUGAGCACCGGGGUCCUUGCCCAAGGCUGGCAUGGAUGUGCUCCGGGCUACGGUUGUCAUAGCAACGAGGAAUGCCGUCAGCAGCGAGACUGCCAGCAGCUGGCGAACGGUAAUCUUGACAAGAUUUAUUGCGGCCAAGCAAACCAUCCGAUCGCUUGUUGGGCGUAUACGAGCUAA